AUGGCUAGUCGUUUUAUGCAGCGUUUAGUGUUUUCAAAAUGUUUAAGGAAUCUAAAACCUAACCUCUUACAAAGCUAUGAAGGUAUAAAUUCUUUAAAUACAAAUACAAUUAUAAUCAGAAAUUAUGCUAAAAGUAAAGAUAGAGGUAAAGAAAAGAAAGGCAAAACAACGAAAGUGGAUAUUAAUCCAACAAUGAUGGCAGAAUUAGUUGAUGUGAAUAAGCUAAAAAGUAGAUGCCAAACCUCAAUUGAAAAAAUGCGAGAGGAUUUUGCAAAGAAUCUAUCACUAAGAUCUACAACAGGCUCAAUAGAAUCCUUACCAAUCAAAUAUGAAGGCAAAGAUUAUGAGUUACAGGAGCUCGCUCAGAUCAUAAGAAAAAAUCCAAAAACCCUUGUUAUAGACUUUUCAUCAUUUCCUCAAGUCAUACCAGAUGUUUUAAAAGCAAUUCAUAGCUCAGGAUUAAACUUAAAUCCACAACAAGAUGGAACUAGGUUGUAUGUGCCCGUACCUAAAGUGACAAAAGAGCAUAGGGAGGCCCUGGCAAGGAAUGCAAAAGCUUUGUAUAUUAAUUGUCGAGAUGCUAUGAAGGACAUUCAAAAUGAAUUCAUUAAGAAGAGUAAAAAACAGACAGGUGUUUCAGAAGAUUUAGUUUAUAGUAUUGUAAAACAAAUAACUGCUUUAUGUGAACAAUAUCAAACAGAUGCAAAAAACAUAUAUGAAAUAAAAAAUAAAGAACUUCUAGGAAAUUAA